CGUCGACGACCUCGAACAAACUUUCGGCGGCUUGCGACGUCGGCAGUGCGACAAUCUCCGUUCCACGCACGCCGGCGCACGAUGCGAUUAUCCGAGUGCAUGCUCGUGCUUGCCCUGUGCGGUUGGUGCGUGUACAUCUUGAGCUACUUCAUCACGAGUACGAGCAUGGACAUCACACGCGCAUUGGAGAAGAAGUCGAAAUCCAAGGCGCUCGCUGCCCAACUGCACGACCCACCAAAACUCGGAUCUCAUGUGCAAGCAACACUUGGGUUUGUCGUGAUGGGGGAUUAUGGUACCGGCACGAAGCUACAGGCGCAGGUCGCGACAUCGCUCGGAGAUUUUGUCGACGCCACCCAACCCCGCGCGUCCUUUGUGCUAUCGACAGGCGACCAGAUCUACGACCACGGGUGCGAUCCACGAGUUCACGUCGCAUGCUCACUUGCGAUUUAACGUAGGCUGUUGUCUGCCGACGACCCGGCGGUCAUCUCCAAGUUUGAAAAGAUAUACAAGCAUCCUGCGUUGCAGGUACCGUGGUACAUCAGCAUCGGCAAUCAUGACUGCGAAGGCAGCAUCGACGCCAUGCUGGGCUACGCCAAGCGGACGACGUCCCUGUGGCGCUUUCCCCAAAGGUACUACCACAUGGACCACCGUAUCGACAACUCGACGAUUGUGCGCUUCGUCGUGCUCGACGCGUGCGACCUCGUGUGUGGCCAGGAGUCGCCCGAGUUCAAGGACUUUCGGUGCACACCCAACAUGGACGCCCAGACAUCGAUUGCGUCCCGCCGCCGGCAGUACGAAUGGAUGGAGAACGUGCUCCGGAUGGACCCACCCAAAGCCGUCGGAGGCGACGCGGACCAACUGUCCAAGAUGUGGACCGUCGUGGUCGGGCACUGGGCCGUGUACAGCUUUGCUGGCAACGGCGACACCCCCGAACUCAUCUCGAACCUCGUCCCGCUUUUGGAAAAGUACAACGUCCAUGCGUAUUUCAACGGACACGACCACGCCAUGCAGCACGUGCGGAAAGGGACGAUUCAGUACUUCACCUCUGGCGCCGGCGGGUAUGCGCUGCAUGAUCUCAAGCCACGGGCGCGCGCGCAUCCGGAGCUCGUCCAUGUCGACACGACCAACGGAUUCAUGUGGGUACAGGUCUCCCACGACACGUUCCGGGUCCAGUUUGUCGACGGCACGACCACCGAGAUCCUGUAUACGACGGACGUGCCUUACCGAGUGCAUCACGAUACUUAAUGGAGAACCUCCAGUGAGAUGCAACGUAUCCGGGGAAAACGCACGCAGCGCGAUAAUGGCAAGGCAGGCCUGCGCACUUCGCU